AUGAGGACUUAAAAAUAAGAAUCAAAUAAAAUUACUGUAUAUUUAAACAAUAGAUUAUAAAAUCAAUAAAAUUCAUUAUAUUUUACAAACGAAAUCCGUACAUCGAAAUACACAUGGUGGAAUUUCGCCCCAAAAUCAUUAAUUCUAUAAUUUAUGCGAGCAGCGAACCUUUAUUUUUUAUCAGCAACUAUAGUCUAAUGUAUAAAUAUAAUUUCUCCAUUAUCUCCUUUUUCAGCUAUAGGUCCUUUAGUUUUAGUUUUAUGUGUAUCUUUAUCAAGAGAAGCAAUUGAAGAUUAUAAAAGGCAUAGAAAUGAUGAUAUUGUGAAUGACUAAAUAUGUUAUGUUUUUAACAAUAAAAACUUUGUUUCUAUUAAGUGGAAAGAUAUUUAAAUUGGAGAUAUAAUAAAAAUUAAUAAUGGAUAAAUUAUACCUUCAGACAUACUAUUAAUUACUUCAAGUGAUGAGAAUGGAAUUGCGUUUGUAGAAACAUCAAAUUUAGAUGGGGAAAAUAAUUUAAAAUCAAAAUAUUCUUUAGAAUAAAUAAAUAAAUUUGGUAGAGAAUAUCCUUUAAUAGAUUUUAAAGGACAUUUAGUUUGCGAAAAACCAAAUAAUAGAGUACAUAACUUCAAAGGAAUUAUUUAUAUUGACGAAAAUUAAUCUCAUCCUUUAAUUUUAAAUAAUAACAAUAUUUUGUUAAGUGGUUGUACACUUAAAAAUACAGAAUGGGUAGUAGGAAUGGUUGUAUAUAGUGGUAUGAAUACAAAAAUAAUGUAGAAUCAAGGUUAGGUAAAAUAAAAAGUAACAGAUGUUGAAAAAAUUUUAAAUAAUAUAAUUAUUAUCACAUUUAUAAUCUAAACGAUUUUAUGUUUAAUUUCUUCUAUACUAUCAGUUAAUCACUAUUAUUUAUAUUAUGAAUCAAGUAAUGAUUAAAAAUAUAUAUUAUUUGACCCUGAAGUAUAAGGAAUUUUGAUUUAUUUCACUUAUUUUUUACUUUUAAAUUCUCUAAUUCCAAUAUCAUUAAUUAUUUCUUUAGAAGUUGUAAAAGUAAUAUAAGCUACCACAAUAGAAUUUGAUUCUGAAAUGGUUUAUUAUAAUGAAGGUAUUAAAUAUCCUAUUAAAGUAAUAAAUACAUUAAUCCAUGAAGAUUUGGGAAAAAUAGAAUAUAUUUUUACUGAUAAAACAGGAACACUUACAUGUAAUAAUAUGAUUUUUAAAUAUGCUAUUAUAGGAAGAAAUGAGCAUUCUGAUAGCGAAUUAAAAAGUCUUUUUUCAAAAAUAGAUGAAUCUGAUUAAUUUCAUAAUGGAGAAGAAUAUAAGGAAUUUUAUGAUUUUUGGUUAUGUAUUAUUUUAUGUCAUGAUGUAGUGGUAGAAGAAAAAUAAGAAAAAAUAUAAUUUUAAGGCUCUUCUCCUGAUGAAGUUUGCUUAGUUGAGGCUGCAGCUAAGUAUAAUUUUAAAUUUUUGAAAAGAACUUCAAAUUAGAUUUUUAUAAAAGUCGGAGGAGAAGUUUUGACUUAUAAGUUAUUAUAGAAAAUCGAUUUUACAAGUGAAAGAAAAAGAAUGAGUAUUAUAAUUUAGGGAAUUAAUGAUGAUAAAAUAAUAAUUUAUACAAAAGGAGCUGAUUCUUUUUUAAUGUAAAACUUAAGUAAUUUUACAAGUUAAGAAUAGAUAUAAAUAGUUUAAUAAAGUUUACAAAAAUAUUCUUAAAAAGGUUUAAGAACAUUGUGUCUUGGAAAAAAAGAAAUUCCUCAAAAAGUAUAUGAAGACUGGCUUUAAUAAUACAAUCGAAGUAUUUUUUUUGUUAUAACAAAAAUAAAGAAAUAAUAAAAGCUUGAAAAUUAAAUAGAAAAUGGAUUCGAAUUAUUAGGUGCUACAGCUGUAGAAGAUAAACUAUAAGAUGGGGUACCUUAAACAUUAUAGAAAUUACAUCAAGCUAAUAUAAAAGUGUGGAUGUUGACAGGAGAUAAAUUAGAAACAUCUGAAAAUAUUGGAUAUUUAUGUAAUUUAUUAACUAAAUAGACUAAAGUGUUUAAAAUUUAGAUAGAAAAUACUUCCCAAAUAAAAUUAAACAAUUAAAUGAAAGACAUUGAAACUGACUAAAAAAUUCUCAAUAGUAAAAAACCAUCCAAAAACUAUAGAAAAUUCGCUAUAAUAAUUCAAGGAGAUGCGAUUUCCUUCAUAUUCUCAAACUAAAACUCUAAAUAAGAAUUCCUAAAUUUAAUCCAAGAAUGUCAUACGGUAAUAUGCUGUAGAUCUACCCCAACAUAAAAAGCCUUAAUAGUUAAAUUCAUUAAAAUAAACCUAAGAAAAACUGUUCUAGCAAUUGGAGAUGGUGGAAAUGAUGUUAAUAUGAUACAAGAAGCUGAUAUAGGAGUAGGAAUAAUAGGAAAAGAAGGAAAUUAAGCAGCUUUAAGUAGUGAUUAUUAUUUCGGUUAAUUCCGUUUUUUAUAGCGUCUUUUAUUUGUACAUGGUAGAUGGAAUUUAUUAAGGACAUCAUAUUUCUUGAACUAUUUUAUAUUUAAAAACAUUGUUUUUACCCUCUAGUAGUUUUUUUUUGGCUUUUAUUCAGGCUUUUCCGGCUAAACCUUCUGGGAAGAUGGUUAUUUAUUAAACUUUAAUAGCAUAAUAACGGCCAUAGCCCCUGUAUACUUCGCUUCAUUUGAGUAAGAUGUUAAUUCUUACGAAUCUGAACACAUUUAAGGCCUAUUACCUAAAUUAUACAAACGCCAAAAAACUAAAAAAGCCUUUUCUUAUAAAACAUUUUUAGUUUGGUUUUCUAUGGGAGUAGUUUUAUCGGUCUUCACUUUUUUUUUUGUUCUAUAUUCCUACUAAAACUUCUCUAUAAACAUAAACGGGAAAAACGAUGGUAUUUGGUAGCUUUCUAUUUCAUGUUUUUUCUGCACAGUAGGUGUAGUUUGGGCUGUUAAUUUUUUAGAUACGAAAUAUUGGACUCCAUUGACUUUUAUAGCCUAUAUCUUAGGCACUGUGGUCCUUUUUUUCCCUUCUUUUGCAUAUGUUUGGGAUUAAUUUGAGGGUCCUUUGUAUUGCUUCUUUAUAAAGGAAUAAUAAUUAAUAAUAUGUAAAAAACGAGUCGAUUAUAAUGCAAUCUAUUCCUUAGUUUUAAAUUUAAGGAUAGGAUUUAAAUAAGGAAAAACAACUUAAGAAAAUAAAAAAAUAAAAGUCUAGUGA